AUGUAUAUCACUGAUCGGAGUUUCUACACAAUGGAAGCACACAUGGGAGCUCUGCUUUAUUCCGUCGAGAAGCUAAUCAGUGGCAAUUUGAGGCGUUUAACUGCUUUCACAUAUGAUGACAUGAUAGGUCACUGUGAUGGGUGGAACUCUCUACGCUUGUCUGGCUGUCAUCUCGAGCAACUGCACCUGCAAUUCCGGUUUCCGCGGUUACCAGCGUGGGUUGGUCAGCUUAGCACGGUCAUGAUCUUGGAAAUACACCUUGACGAGCUGGAUAUGGAUGGCAUUGCUGCUCUUGCAGGUUUACCUGCACUCGCCCGUCUUGUGCUGAAGGCGAACCAUGUCCCUGCUGGAGGUAUUGUCUUCAGCAGGGGUGCGGUGUUCAGGGCUCUUACUUACUUUGCAGCACCUCAAGCUGGCCUCCCCUUCCACUUUCAGGCUGGAGCAAUGCCCAUGGUCAAGAUCCUUUGCUUUCCAUUGCAUGUGCGAGAACUCAACUAUGUCGCCAGACUUCAUGGUGGUGGCGGAACAGAAGCCAUUGAGCUGAAUCAUGCAUUGCUGUUGUUGAGAAAAGGCCGGCCGUAUGCUUGGCUAGCUUCGCAUGUUCAGAGCAUCGAGCACUUGUCAAAUCUGACAAAGGUUUUCAUCUGUCUGGGUUACUCUAGAUCUAGAAGCGAAGAGUCACAAGUGCCUAUUAUAGAGGCUGCAAUUAGGAGCUUCUUCGACGAGCAUCAUCCAGGAGCCCCCACCAUUCAUGUAACAAGCUACCCGUACUUAUAUGAUGAUUAA